UUCAAUAUAAUCAAAUAAUAAAAACAACAAUAAAAAAUGAAGUCAUCAUCCUCAUCAUCAUCAUCAACAAUGUUGGCAAUAAAAUUAUUGAUGAUCAUUGUUUUGAUCAUCGAAAUAGUUGAAUCACAAUUGAUGACAUGUCCACAGGUUUGUUCCUGUAUAUGGCGUAAUGGAAAACAAACAACUAUAUGUGAAAAUCAAAAUCUAAUAUCAAUACCGAAUCAAAUAUCACAAUCAACACAGGUUUUAGAUUUGAAUCAAAAUAAUUUUCAAAUAUUACCAUCAAAAGCAUUUCAAGAACGUGGCCUUAUUAAUCUACAAAAAUUAUUUAUACCAAAAUGUAAACUUGGUGCCAUUGCUGAUGAUGCAUUCUAUCAGUUAACUAAUCUGGUUGAAUUAGAUCUUUCGGAUAAUCUUCUUACACAUGUACCAGUGAAAGCAUUAGCUAAUGCAACAAAUCUUCGUCGUCUUUUAUUGAAUAAUAAUCAUAUUGCAACAAUCACUGCCGAAUCAUUUGCCGCAUUAAGCAGUCUAAAAUUUCUUAAUCUUUCGGGCUGUAAAACACAUACAAUUGAAGCGAGAGCUUUUUAUGGUCUUCGUGAUCUUGAAUAUCUUUAUCUGCAUGAUAAUCAAUUAACAACAUUGCCAUAUGCUGUGGUAGCUGAUUUACCUGCAUUAUAUAGUUUUGAAUUAUAUCGUAAUCCAUGGCAAUGUAAUUGUGAAAUGCGUCCAACACGUGAAUGGAUGAUCAGAAAUAAUGUUGGUCAAUCAAUACCGGCUACAUGUGAUCUACCUAUACGACUUUCCGGUCUUAUGUGGAAUUCAUUGGAUCUGGAUGAUUUUGCUUGUCAACCGGAUAUUAUUACGACAACGGUAGAAGUGGCCAAAGUUGUCGGUAGUAAUGCUACUCUUUCAUGUACGGUUAAAGGUAUUCCGGAACCAAAAGUUUUUUGGUAUAUGGAUCAUGGUUAUUAUAAUAUAUCAUCACAACGAUCACAUAAAUAUCAUCUAGCUGAAGAACGAACUGAAGGUACUGUUAAUUCAUUGCUGACAAUCAUUGGUCUCGAUAUGAAUGAUGAUGGUACAUCUUUUAUUUGUUCGGCUGAAAAUCGUGCCGGUAUAAAAAGUAAAAAUUUUACUGUAUAUGUUGUACCAUCCAGUGCUUUUGGUGUACCAUCCAAUUGGUCUAAAGUUGAAUUAGCUGGCGGUGUUCUUGGCCUAUUAAUCACAUUGGUGCUUGCUUUUGUUGUCAUCACAUUGAUUUUGAUUCGAUCAAAACGAUUUCACUUUUAUGGUAGUUCCAGCAAAUCAAUCAAUACUGGUUCCGGUAAUACCGGUGGUACUGAUUCAUUGGAGAAGAAAAAAUCAUUAAAUAAAAUGUUUGGACAAAAUGGUACAGCCAUUUAUCCAACAUCUAAUGGAACAAUAUCCGGUACAUAUAAUGGAAUGCAACAACAUGCACUUUCAAUGCUUGGUCUGGAUGGAAUUGAUAAAAAGCCGGAAAUUUUUCUCAAACCCGAUCUAUUAGUGCCUGGUAAUAUGAAUAAUACAAAAUCGAAUACACAAAUGAUCAUGUCCGCACAAACAACGAACGGUUAUGAAUUGAAUCAUUUUGGCCUUAACAACAAUAAUAAUAAUAAUAAUAGCCAUCCAGGUCAUCAUUUGACAUUUACCAAUGAUGUACUUAAUGGUAGUUCACAUCAGGAUACAUUGUUCGUUACACAGGAUCCAGGAUAUCUACAAAAUGAUCAUCAACAACAAAUGUCUGGCUUAUAUCGUGCUGUUAUGGUAAAUCCAACGACAGUCAUCACCAAUGGCAGCGGUGGAUCAUCGGCAACGAUGACUUUAUCAUCAUCGACAACAACAACCACUGCACCACAUACUAAUUCCAGUACAAUGACAUAUAAUACCUCAACACCACCGAUAAAUGGAGCCAUUUUUAAUGGAAAUAACGCAUCACCUCCAUCAUCAACAGCAUUCAUGUUAUCAUCAGCACCAAAUUUACUUUAUACCAAUCAAUAUCUUAGUCAAUAUGAUUUGAAUAAUCAGCAACAACAACAACAACAUCAUCAUCGUUUAGCAACACCACCAAAUCAUCAAUUCUUUUCACAGCAUCAUCAGCAACAACCACAACAACAGCAAUUUAUAUCGAAUACAAAUAGACAAAUUUCAACAAAUCCAUCACCAUCACCAUUAUUAAUUUCAUAUGGAAAUCCAGCAUUCAUAACCGAUUCGGCAGCAUCGAUCAAUGGUUUUAUUUGUAUGGAUGCAAAUAAUGAUCAUUGCAAUACAACAACAAUGAUGUAUAAUGAUAUUAGUGGUGAUGAUGAUGAAGUUUUUCGUACCACUAUAAAUCCAUCAAUGAUAUUAGAACCAUUGCCAAUGUUUCCACAGUUACCCAGACAAUCAACAUUAUUAACUAGUACAAGUAGACCGAAUCUAUUAACGAUGGAAGAAUCAUUAUAUGGAAUAAGACAACGAACGAUACCAACACCGGUUAAUCCUAUACAGCCAUCAUUUGUAACUAUGGCACCGAUGCAAAUGGCACCCCCAGCUCCAAAUCAUCAUCAACAACAGCAACAUCAAUCAAUUUAUGGCGUAACAACAGUCGGUAAAUCAAGAUGGCAAACAAUGACACCGAAUUAUCCAUUUCGCCAACAACAACCACAAAUGACAGCUUCAACAUCAUUAUCGAAUAUUCGUUGUAGUCCUGAUGAAGGUUAUGGUGAAGAAUCAAGUAGUGGUGGUGGCGGUGGUGGUGGUAAUGUUAGUGGCAAUGGUGGUCAACAUUCUUCGGCCGUUGUUGGACAACUACAAGGAACUGAGGUUUGAAUUUUGUUCAACUAUAAAUUCUUCAAUCAAAUCAUAGUCAUAAAUUGCUGGUCAAACAAAACGAAACAAAAAAUUGUAUAUACAAAACGAUAAUGUACCAUUUACCAUAUCUAAAACUAUUUUUUCUUUUUUUUAUCGGUGCAAAGUACAAGUUCAUUACCAAACAUACACACAUAUGAAACCAUUUCAAAUGAAAAACAAAUGUACCAAUCAAUCGAU